AUGGCGCCGUUUGUGACGUUUACGGAGGAGGAUGUACCCGAUCUGGCCGGUCGCGUGGCCGUGAUCAAGAUCGUUCGGCUGGACUUGGCCGAUCUCGAGUCUGUGGCAGCCUGCGCACAGCAACUGACACAGGAGCAGGAACACAUCGACAUUCUCAUCAACAACGCUGGUGUUAUGAUGCUGCCCUUCGGCCAGACCAAGCAAGGAUUCGAGCAACAAAUCGGCAUCAACCACCUGGGGCACUUUGUGCUAACAGCCAAGCUUCUACCCUUGCUCCGCGCGAGCCGUGAAGCACGCAUUGUGCAGGUAUCGUCCGUGUACCACUGGCUCGCGGCCAAGGGAAUACAACUUGAUCACCUUGAAGGCGACGCCGCUUCAUACAAUCCUGACUUGGCCUACGGGCAAAGCAAACUUGCCAACCUAUUGUUUGUGCAGGAACUGCAGCGCCGAUUGAAUGCGGCGGGCAUUAACAACGUUACGGCAUAUGGCGCGCACCCCGGCUACUCCGCCACCAGCCUCCAGGGCAAGGCUGCCAGCUGGCGCGGUUAUGUCUUUGGGGCUGCCAAUUAUGUGUUUGCACAGCCUGCGGCCCGAGGAGCGCUGCCGCAGUUAUAUGCGGCUGUGGCACCAGAGGCCCAACCUGCACGGUACUAUGGGCCCAAUCUCAUGUUUGGAGCCUGGGGCUGGCCUACCGAGGCCGCAAUGGCCGGUGCAGCCACGGACCCGGAAGCCGCCUCUCGCCUUUGGGAGGUCUCCGUGCGCCUGACUGGCGAAAACUUUGCUUCUCUCGAAAACAGCCGCUGA